UUUUAACCGAAAGUAAAACUUAGCUUACAAUAGGUUCUCCUACGGAUUUUGCAUGUUUAGCUACUGUUUCAAUGGUCUCAUUUUCAGCCUAUUGUAGGCUAAAUUCAAUUCGAUUGCAUAAAAUAGGCUAAGAUACUUAUCGAAUUCUUAUUUCGAAAAGAAGACUUGUGGGCUAAUUUGACUCAACAUUCGAUUUUUUUCUCGAUAGAUAAGACCCCAGAAAGUGAAUCACUGUUUUAAACACAGCACCGGAUAGGCUAAGCCACGAGCAUUUCCUUGACACAGCUUGAAAUGUAUCGCUUUGGGCUACUAAUAACAGUUUUUGCACACCUAAUAUGCUCCACUACAACUGCUGCAACCUUCUCUGUUUCGGUCGAUAAUGCUACAGUGUUGAUGGGGGGCUCGGUCACGCUGCCAUGCUGGCUUUCCCCCACUAUGGAUGCGGAGGAGAUGGACGUGCGCUGGUACCGAAGUGAUUACAACAAACCCCUGCUACUCUACCGUGACCGCAAAGUCCAGAGCUCUCCUCAAAUGGAACAAUAUCAGAACCGCACGGCGCUUAUGCCCCGUGAGCCAACAUCCAGCGGCCUUAAGCAAGGAGAUGUGUCCAUAAGGAUCGACCGUGUCAACUUGCAAGACGCAGGGAAGUAUGUUUGCUAUGUCAGCAGCAGCCAGCACUAUGAAAGCGAGGCCAUGUAUCUCAAAGUAGAGGUGAUCGGGGCCCCUCCGAUCCUGACUCUAUCAAGGACCGAAGAUGACCGGGUGAAGGUGAGCUGCAUCUCCACUGGGUGGCAACCGGCUCCCCAGCUGCAAUGGUCCCUGGGGGCCCAACAGCCACUCCAGCCUGGGGGUCUUUCCCAUUCCCCGGAGGCCGAUGGUCUGUUCUCCGUGCAGAGCUGGGUGGUCUGCUCCUCCUCGGAGUCCCAGUGGAUCUCCUGCUCUGUGUUUUUGCCCAGCAUGAAGGAGGACGUGAAAGAGGCCAGGGUGGACUUGCAGAUCAAUUCCUUCACUACAGAUUCAGGUGCAUCCCCUUGGAUGACAGCCUUCAUCAUAGCCCUGCUGGCUAUAAUAGCACUGGUAACAGCCAUGGUAUUACACCUCAGGAAGACCAAGAUGAAGAAAGAAGAGGUGGCCCUGGGAACACAAGAGGAAGAGUCUCACCUUUUAACAGCUUGUGACCUUGCGUACUCUGAGGACAUGAAAAUACAUGCAGUGGACAUCACCAUUGAAAAAGCUACAGCUCCAGCUCGUUUGAAAGUUGCUCAAAAUGGUAAAACCCUGCGGGACAAUGGUGAAGCCCUUGAAUCUGAUUGUGAGCUGUGUGCUUUGGGAAACACAGGUUUCUCAAAAGGAAAACACUAUUGGGAGGUGGGGUUACGAAUGCCAAAUGUUCCAGUGAAGCAGUUCUGGUGGGCUGGAGUGGCAACAGACUCAGCAGUGAAGACGAUGAGGGAGCAGAAAUCCACACCAACUAGUGGCCUGUGGUGCCUCUACUCAGAUGACAAGAGUGGAGUCCAUACCAAAUCAGAAUCUUCUCACUACAUUUAUAGGGCACAGAGACCUGAGGUACUAGGCAUCUUCCUGGAUUACGACGAGGGCCGUCUGUCCUUCUACGAUACAAAAUUGGGCCAACAUCUUGUCACCCUGAAGUCUAGCUUCAAUGAAACUGUGUACCCUCUUUUCAAUCCGGGCCAAGGUGAGACAACACCACUUCAGAUUUUGUCCUUGCCUCAAACUACACCCAAACCCAAUGAUUACGUGUUAAAUAAGGUCUGAUUCAACUCUCAAAGCCAAAAUAUACUUUCUGUUUGUAUAAUUCUCUCAAUCUUUGUAGAACUUUAAUCAUGUAAAGUUCAUGUAAAUGCCGGCUCGUGACAUGAAGGGAACUUUUUCUUUAAUUUUUACCUGGGCCCUAUUUUCCCAUCUUUUUGGGUUGAAAUAUUUACAAAACCGGUCAAAAUCUGUCCUGUAUUGAGUUAGAACACCAUAUCCAGCAACCGAUAAGUGACUAUAAAAUGUAAUCCUAUGGGGUAUGCAUCCACGUGCAUCCACAUGCAUCCACGCCUCUUUUCUGCCACUGACAGGCUCAUAGGGUAAUUAUAAGUGUCUGACUACUAGUGAUGGGAAGUUCGGAUAAUUUUACUGACUCGAAUCUUUUAAUCUCGUUCAGUAAAAUGAACGAAUCUUUUCGCGUCAUUCGUUCAUUUCAACGGGGGGGAGGGUGGGGGGGUGUUGCUCAACAUUUUAUAGCCAAGUCCCUGGCCUAAAUACGUCUACUGCAAACACGUAUCAUAUUCUCAUGUUAGUGCAUGUAAACCAGCAGAUACUAAUUUAAAAGACAUUCCUGCAUUAAAAUAAUAUAUCAUGAACGUUUGGAUUAAAUGGUCAUUUAUUAUCACACUAGCAUUUAAUUAUCACGGCAAACAAUUACGCUGCACUGAA